AGCCGCGCUGCUGGGCAGUGAUUGGCGAAUCUGCUUGACAACCGCAGUCAGGGUGCCGCCAACGCCGCCGCUUUCCUCUCUUGUGUCGGGAGAGCAGAAAGAGAAGCGAAGCUGCCGGGCUGUGCUGGCUGCUGACAGAACCUCUCAGCUAUUCUCCCCCCCCCCCUCCCUGCCCCUGGUGUGAGGCGCUUGCCGCCAUUUUGUGCGGGUACCCCCACCCUCGCCAGUGUUUUGGGACAGACCCUCUUUGAGUCUACCACAAUGACGGCAGAAGAGACAGUGAAUGUAAAAGAGGCUGAAAUAGUCAAAUUAAUGCUGGAUUUCUUGAAUUCAAGAAAACUUCAUAUCAGUAUGCUGGCUCUGGAGAAAGAAAGUGGAGUAAUAAAUGGACUAUUCUCAGAUGAUAUGCUUUUCUUAAGACAAUUGAUCCUUGAUGGUCAGUGGGAUGAGGUUCUUCAGUUCAUCCAGCCUCUUGAGUGUAUGGACAAAUUUGACAAGAAAAGGUUUCGCUAUAUCAUACUGAAGCAGAAGUUUUUAGAAGCCUUAUGUGUAAAUAAUGCAAUGUCUGCAGAAGAUGAGCCCCAGCAUCUGGAAUUUACGAUGCAAGAGGCUGUACAGUGCCUACAUGCUUUAGAAGAGUACUGUCCAUCUAAAGAAGACUACAGCAAAUUGUGUUUACUUCUCACAUUGCCUCGUCUGACCAACCAUGCAGAAUUCAAAGACUGGAACCCCAGCACUGCACGAGUUCAUUGCUUUGAAGAAGCUUGUGUUAUGGUGGCAGAGUUCAUUCCUGCUGAUAGAAAACUAAGUGAGGCUGGUUUUAAAGCAAGCAACAAUCGUUUAUUUCAGCUUGUAAUGAAGGGGCUUCUUUACGAAUGUUGUGUGGAGUUCUGUCAGAGUAAAGCAACAGGAGAAGAAAUUACAGAGAGUGAAGUGUUGCUUGGCAUUGACCUUUUGUGUGGUAACGGGUGUGAUGAUUUGGACCUUAGCUUGUUGUCAUGGCUUCAGAAUCUGCCCUCUACUGUGUUUUCUUGUGCUUUUGAACAAAAAAUGCUUAAUAUUCAUGUUGAUAAACUCCUAAAACCUACAAAAGCGGCGUAUGCUGACCUUUUGACACCCCUUAUCAGCAAACUUUCUCCUUACCCAUCAUCCCCCAUGAGAAGGCCUCAGUCUGCAGAUGCUUACAUGACUCGUUCCUUAAAUCCUGCUUUAGAUGGACUCUCAUGUGGAUUAACAAAUCAUGAUAAGCGCAUCACAGACCUUGGAACAAAAACAUCUCCUAUGUCCCACUCUUUUGCUAAUUUCCAUUACCCAGGAGUACAGAAUCUUACUCGAAGUCUAAUGCUGGAGAACACAGAUUGCCACAGCAUUUAUGAAGAGUCACCUGAACGAAGUGACACUCCUGGGGAUUCCCAGCACUCCUCUGUCAAUGAGACCUUGUGCCAGAAUUCAGUUCCAGACAAGGAGCCAGUAGACGGAGUACAGAAUCAAGGACCAAUCAAGCAAGAAAAAAAUGAGCUUCGUGAUUCAACAGAGCAAUUCCAGGAAUAUUACAGACAGCGGCUGCGAUACCAGCAGCAUUUAGAGCAGAAGGAACAACAACGGCAACUUUAUCAGCAAAUGUUGUUAGAAGGAGGGGUAAACCAAGAAGAUGGUCCAGACCAGCAACAGAAUCUUACAGAGCAGUUUCUAAACAGGUCUAUUCAGAAAUUGGGGGAAUUAAACAUGGGUAUUGACAGUCUGGGAAAUGAUGUGCAGACUCUAAAUCAGCAUUGCAAUGGGAGCAAAGGAAAUGUAUCCAACCCUCCAGAUUCUAGUCAGAGAAUAACAAAUGAUAACGCAAAUAUUAAUGCAAGCACACCUCGUAAAGCUGGCUGUACCAAUCAUAUACCCUCACUUGAAGAAUCACCUGUCCAUGGAAAUCAAACCAGAGUACCAGAACAUGCUGCCAUUCAGGCACAACAUGAAGAUUCUCCAGGGAAUAUAGCAAGAACAAGAGGUGAUGAGGAUGACAAAUCAACAAAGCAAUUCAUUUGUAUCAAUACCCUAGAAGAUACACAGGCUGUCAGAGCUGUGGCUUUUCAUCCAAGUGGCACUAUGUAUGCUGUUGGCUCCAAUUCUAAAACUUUGAGAGUGUGCGCCUAUCCAGACCUUCCGGAUGCAAGUGGUAGUAACAUUCCUAAACAGCCAGUGGUUCGUUUCAAAAGGAACAAACAUCACAAAGGAUCAAUCUAUUGUGUGGCAUGGAGUCCCUGUGGACAAUUGUUGGCUACUGGUUCCAAUGACAAAUACGUUAAAGUGCUCCCUUUUAAUGCAGAGACUUGUAAUGCAACAGGACCAGAUUUGGAAUUCAGCAUGCAUGAUGGAACUAUUAGAGAUCUAGCUUUUAUGGAAGGUCCGGAAAGUGGUGGAGCCAUUUUAAUAAGCGCUGGAGCUGGGGAUUGUAAUAUUUAUACAACAGAUUGCCAGCGAGGGCAAGGUCUUCAUGCUUUGAGUGGCCAUACUGGUCACAUUUUAGCACUUUAUACAUGGAGUGGAUGGAUGAUAGCUUCUGGAUCGCAAGACAAGACUGUGAGAUUCUGGGAUCUCAGAGUACCCAGUUGUGUUCGCGUUGUUGGAACAACAUUUCAUGGAACUGGCAGUGCUGUGGCAUCAGUAGCUGUAGAUCCUAGUGGUCGUCUUCUUGCUACUGGCCAGGAGGACUCCAGUUGUAUGCUUUAUGACAUUCGUGGUGGGCGAAUGGUGCAGAGCUAUCAUCCUCAUUCCAGUGAUGUCCGUUCUGUUCGCUUCUCUCCUGGGGCUCAUUAUUUGCUCACAGGAUCUUACGAUAUGAAAAUAAAGGUGACAGACCUGCAAGGUGACCUAACUAAACAGCUUCCAAUAAUGGUAGUAGGGGAACAUAAGGACAAAGUGAUUCAGUGCAGGUGGCAUACACGAGACCUUUCCUUCUUGUCAUCUUCUGCAGACAGAACUGUAAGACUCUGGACCUAUAAUGGCUAAAGUGUAGUUUUUAAAGGCAACCUAUGCAGAUUAAGCACAGACAUACAAGACUACUGGAACAUUUGGUUAGGUGUUUUAAAAAAGAGCAGCAUUUGACCAGGAAAAUGUCCCAUGGAGAAGAGCUACUUGCCACAGUUACCUGACUGCUAGGAAGUGUUGGUGUGUUAUAGUAUUACUUUGCAGUGCUUCCAUGUGAUCUCCAGCUGCUAUGAACUGUUAUAGUCUUGUUGUUGAAGUCUGUUGAAAGGGUUCUUGCAUUGUCAUUGUGCACUCAAAAAUAAGACUUAAUUAUGUGUUUACAGUUUGGUGUGAAUUGCGUUCUCUAGUCUUUGCCUCAAUAACAGUUUUUCUAGAAAAAAGUAAACCACCACAAUUCUGUCAGGUUCAUAUGCAAUAUUAUUAGGUCCACAAAAAAUAGAAAAUUACAAGUAAACUAGUAAUGCUGUGUUUUACACUGAUGCACACAUCACAUCCUGACUAGUGAUCUGUUUUCUUUUGCUAUCAACACUUUUAUGUUUGAUUUCGUUUUUUAGUACCCCCGAUUAUGAACUCUAAAGGUGACUAGUAGUGGCUGAUUCUCGAUCACAGUUCAUUAUGUGUGUAUUGCUUUUCAGUUGGAAACCUCAUCUUGGAUUUUUUAAUUAUUAUGUUUAACUCUUAAGCUUUUGGAGGAAAAAAUGGUUUGCUGAAGAGACAUUAACACUUUUGAAUGCAACAAAAUACCUCUGUGUGUAAUGUACUGUAGGAGUGAAACAAUGCAGUUGCUGAUGGUUGGAAUCACAGUUUUAAUAAUAAUGGUCAUGAUCCUACAAACUUUUAUGCACACAUGUGGGAAGACGGCAUGUACAGCAGAGAGUGUCUCUCAAGUUUCUGCCAGAAAAGCGGCGUGGCUCUUUAGCAGUGCAAACUGCCUCAGUGGAACUCCAAGGAAACUUCCUGUUGCACAUGCUGCUACCUCGUGUAUGGGCAUUUGGGCAGCAGCACGGCUUGAAAUGCUAUGUCUGCAUGAUAAUGAUUUCCCUGUUCAGAAGCUUAUAUGGAUUUUUAUUUCUUGCACUGUCUAUAAUAUAGAGUUGCAAUUUUUUUCUAAACAUCUUUAGAGUCUUUUAUGUUUAUGUAUUUAUAUUUUCAUAUUGUAUAGUUAUAUUGUUUUUAAAUUAAAAUUUUAAAUAUUUAGGUUAUUUAUUUGAAGUACUGUUAUGGUUUGUUUCUAAUUAAUUCUGUACAUUUUAGAAAGACCAUUCUAAUUAUCAUUAAAAAGUUGAAGUUA